GUAUAGGAGAGUGGCGUCUUGUGAUCACAGUCAAAACAAAUUUGGUUGGCAACAACAAAAAUUCCAUCUGGCAUCAAUGGUUAUGUUGAAGCCCUAAAGUGACUUGUCAAAAUUGAAAGCUUGUUGUUCUUUCGUUGCGCAGUGUAGUUGUUAGCUCUGUUUUGUUGACUGUAAAUGUUUACUACUUUGUCGUGGACUGCAAUUUUCAUCUAAGGAAUCGAAAAAAUAUAUUCGAAAAUGAAGUGUUUCGCGAAGUUUUGUACAAACAAAACAACACCAGGGUUCAAGAACAUCGGAUUUUUCCGGUUCCCUGGGGAUGAGGACCUACAAUCUGUUUGGAAAAAGUUCUGUGGCGUUUCAGAUAAUUUCGAAAUCACAGCAUGUAGCAGAGUGUGUAGUCAAGGGGAAAAUCAUGAAGCGGCGAAUGGCAAUUCCAGUGUACGAAUUUGUUCCGCAGAUUGCCGACUUCGCUCUCGAGAACGAUGAUAUACCGGAUUUGAACUCUACCCUCGAAACAUCUGGCACAACACUGAAUUCAAAUGCAUCCUCCCAAAAUGUGGUUCCAGUUUUUUGCUCCCCAUAUGAUGAACAUAAAGCUGUAUGCGCAAGCACAAAAAGGAAAUACGAUGGCUACGUAGAUAACCUGAACCAGGAAGUGAGAGAUUUGAAAAAACGUUGUCAUCACCUUGAGAACGUAGUGAAGCAACAGGAGCACGUCAUGCAAAAACAACAAAAGACACCAGAUCUAGCUCUCAAUGCACUCAACAGAACAUUUAACUCCGACCAAGUGGACAUGCUGUUGUACGAGAAAAAGCGUCCAAAGCAGUGGAGUGACAAAACAGUCACUGAAAGUCUGCAAACAAAAUUUGUUUGCGGAUCGAAAGGAUACGAGCACCAGAGAACUAAAUAUCCCCUCCCAUCAGAGCGCACACUUCAAAGAAGAGUAGAGGACUUGGAAUUCAAGCCAGGUAUUCUGUACGACGUACUAGAGCUCCUCAAACUCAAAGUGAACACCAUGUUGCCCGAAGAUCUUGACUGCGGCCUAAUUUUUGAUGAGAUGUCCAUCGAAGAGGCAAGAAGUUUUUGCAUUUCGGACAGCAAAUUCUAUGGAGAUAUCACCCUCCCUGGACAAGUGGGUCUUGCAAGUCAUGCUCUAGUGUUUGUCUUAGUAGGAAUCAGGGGCCGCUGGAAACAAACCGUAGGGUACCAUUUCACGGGAAGCAGUAUUCCUGAAAACGAUUUAAAGGAUAUUGCGUUCAAAAUUAUCCAGGAAGUGGAAUCGUUUGGUUGCAGGGUUCACUUUCUAACAUCAGACUGCGGGCCAAAUAACAAGAAACUCUGGAACAAAUUGAAUUUGAAAUUCCACAAAAAUGAUGUUUUGAAUAGUGCCCCUGUUGUACAUCCAACAGAUUCGACGAGAAAACUGGAAAUCAUUCCAGACGUGGUACACGUUUUUAAAUCAACUGUGCAAGGCUGGUUAAAAAACAAGGUACUAUGGCUUCCACAAGACGUGGUGCAAACUAACGGGUUCCGUUCCGGCGAACCAUGCUACGAACCGGCCUGA